AUGACCGGAAAACAUGCUCUCGUGCUCGGCGCGUCUGGGAUCACCGGAUGGGCCAUCGUCAGGGAGCUUCUUACCGACCACGCGGAUGCCCAGAGGUUCACCACAGUCACUGCCUUGACAAAUCGUCCUCUCCCCGCAAACGUUGCUCGAUGGCCGAAGAGUGACAAGCUCAACGUCGUAGGUGGCAUCGAUCUCUUGAAAGGGAGCCAGGAACAAUUCCAAGAGGCGUUCAAGGCCGGCAUUCCUCAGGUCGACACGGUAACGCACGUUUUCUUCAAUUCGUACAAAUUUUCCACCGACAUGGCCCAACAGUCGCGCGAAAACGCGACCAUGCUUGAAAGAUGUGUCACGGCGAUCGAGACUUUGAGUCCGGGGUUCGAGUUCAUUGUGCUUCCGACUGGCGGCAAGACCUACGGAUUCCAUCUCCUAGACAAUUUUCCCUUUAAAGACCAGCUGCCCCUCAAGGAGACGCUGCCUCGGAUUCCGGAGCCUCACGCGUCUGAACUCUUCUACUACUGGCAGGUCGAUCGACUCAAGAUGCUUUCCGAAGGCAAGAAAUGGACGUACUGCGAAGUACGGCCGGACAUGGUGGUGGGAUUCGUACCCAACAACAACGCCCACUGUCUAGCGCAGAUCCUCACCAUCUACCUCUCGCUCUACGCCCACGUUAACGGCGCGGGAAGCAGUGUCCCGUUCCCCGGAAACGACAAGUCCUGGACGAUCCUGUCCAACGACUCAUCGCAGGACAUCGUGGCCCGGUUCAGCAUCCACGCCGCGCUGCGCCCCGGGACGGCCGGCGGAGGCAGGGCGUUCAACGUAGCAGACCGGGACAGCCCGUCUUCGUGGUCGACCAAAUGGCCCGUCAUCUGCUCCUUUUUCGGGCUGGAGGGCACAGGACCCGCGACAGACGCGCCCCAGCCGGGUUCGUACAUCCAGCAGCACCGAGACGCCUGGAUCCGACUCGCUCGUGACCAUCAGCUGCGCCUGGAGUCUCUGGACAACGAGAUGGCCAAUCCGGGAUUCCAGAAAUACAUCAUGUCGCUGUUCACCUUCGAUCGCACCAUGUCGCUCGAGGCUAUGCGUGAAGUCGGAUUCACUGAAGAAGCCGACGAGCAGAGUUCCUGGUUCUGUGCCUUUGAGAGAUUUCGCGAGGCAAAGAUCAUUCCGUGAGAUAUUCGCUGGGCGGAUUCAUUCCUUUUCUUUC